CGUGAUAUGAAUUGACGGCAAGUUUUUUGUCAACAAUUGUUUGCGAUUAUCAUUUGGUCGACCAAUUGAUCCCAAGACUGGACACGAAUAAUGGCCGAGAAGUGCGUUCGCGACCGACUUCUCUCUAUUGUCGAUGACAUGGAAAUGAUAGCCAAAGAGCUGUUGGAGAUUGUGUUGACACCGAAGCCGUUGCGACCGAAUCAGAUGCUGGACAGCAACCAAUUGGCCGAUCUAUUG